AUGAUCAUCAGAGAGCGCAACCCCAUGAACGCGCCCCUGGCCAACUCGAUCGUGCUGUCCAUGUCCAAGAAGCUGCGGCCGGGGGCCGGCGGUGACUCGGCCAACCAGAACAUCUUCCAGGAGUUGCCGCCGGAGCCCGUGGUGCCCAGUAACAUCUGCUCGCCGCUCCUGACCCUCUUCGACGUGCCGCCGAUCGAGCUGGCCCGCCAACUCACCAUCAUCGAGUUCGCUCGCUUCAAGGCCAUCAAGCUAUGGUCGCGUUCGGGUUCGCUGAAGGACAAGGCGCCCAACGUGCUGGCCAUGAUCAACGCCUUCAACGAGUUCUGCACGUGGGUGGCGACCAGCAUCGUCACCCAGGAGCGCAUCAAGGACCGCGUCAAGACCAUGGAAUACUUUGUGCGGACCGCCAAGCAUCUGUACAGGCUCAAGAAUUUCAACACCCUGGUGGCCCUCCUGGCCGGCCUCCGCUCCGAGUCGGUCUACCGGCUGACCUUCACGCGUGCCGAGAUCUCCCGCAAGUCCGAAAAGAUGCUGGAAAAUUUGAAUCGGCUGAUGCGCGCGGACAGUUCCUACAAGACCUACCGCGAGGCGCUCGGACAGUCUGCGCCGCCCUGCAUCCCCUACCUCGGCGUGCACCUGUCGGACCUCACUUUCAUCGAAGAGGGUAACCCGGACAUGAUCGAGGGCCUCAUCAACUUCACCCGGAGGCUGGUGUUCCGGGUGAUCUCGGAGCUGUCGCGGUACCAGCAGACGGCCUACAAUCUGCACCCGGUGCCGCAGAUCGUGGACCUCCUCAAGCGCGAGGGUGGACGGGCGGCCUCCGCCUCGCCGCCGCUGGCGGUGGAGGACCUCUACCGCAUCUCCGAGCGACGCGAACCGCGCGGCGCCGAACGCAAGGACAUCCUCUAG